GCCGAAGUCCAAGCAGCAAUAUCAAUGGCCAAGCUGUGUGGUUUUAGCUGGUUAGACUCCAGGAGUGACCCCCAACGCACAUUAUGGGGUCCCCCUAAGCUGUGGCUCUUGCCAACCUGCGCCUAGUACUUUCUGGAAUGAGCAAACCUUUCAUGUAAAAUAAACAUGGAAAAUGAUCGAGACGCGACAGAGACCGGGAACGUUAUUCGCAACUCGUCGCCUGCAGAAAUACUGGAGGACAGAUCAACAGAGAUCGACGAUUUUAUUGGACCAAACUUGGAAUAUGAUGCAGAAAUUGAAGAGGAAAGGCACUUUUGGAGGAAGAGAGUUGCGGUUGUUAAGAACCUGGUGUGUGUGAGUGUUGCCUGUAUGCUAACGUACGGCAUCUAUUUGGGGCUGUUACAAAUGCAGUUGAUAUUGCACUAUGACGAGACGUAUCGUGAAGUGAAAUAUGGCAACAUGGGCUUACAGGACAUUGAUCAGAAAAUGUUAAUGGGGAUUAACGUCACACCAGUUGUGGCUUUACUCUACACCCCAGUCCUUAUCAGGUUUCUUGGAACAAAAUGGCUGUUAUUUCUCUGUGUUGGGGUGUACGCCUUGUUUGUGUCAACCAAUUAUUGGGAGAGAUAUUACACCUUGGUUCCAUCAGCUAUUGCUAUUGGCUUCUCGAUAGUUCCCCUCUGGACGUCAAUUGGAAACUACAUCACCCGAAUGGCUCAGAAAUAUUACGAAUACUCAAAUUAUAAAGCGAUCGACGUUCAGCAACAGAAAAAAGCCCCAAAAGGAGCGUACGAGAAAUAUAUCGUCAUUUUCCACUCUGUUUUUUACGCCAUAUUCAGUUUGAGUCUUGUCUGCGCUGAGCUCCCAAUGAUAUGUUUUCUGACGGAUUAUUUAUAUCCGUACGAUCACACCCUCUACAACGUCAAACACUGCGGUCCACAGAUGAAAGGCUGUUUGGAAGGACUGAAUAAAACGGUAUUGAUAAAACUACCGAGAAGUACCAGUCUGAUUAUCGUUGAAAGUGUGAUGAUGGGAGUAGCAUUUCUCUCGAUGUUGCUGGUGCUCAUGCUCUGUGGGGCUGCGUACCGCCCCACGGAAGAGAUCGAUUUGCGGAGUAUCGGUUGGGGGAAUAUUUUCCAGCUGCCGUUCAAACACCUCCGUGAUUUCCGUCUGCGCCUCCUCAUCCCGUUUUUUGUGUUCAGUGGUUUGGAGAUGGUGUUCGCCUGCACGGGGUUUGCGCUGUCUUACGGUGUGUGCUCACUGGGUUUGGAGCGCCUGUCAUCGCUGAUUAUGGUUUAUGGUUUGUCGUGGUCCCUGUGGUCGUUGCUGUCGCUCUCUCUGCCCCGGCGUGGAAUCCUGGUGGCUGGGGGUGUCCUGCACCUGACUCUGCUGCUCACAUUGAUGGUUUGGGCCCCCGCACCCCGAAAGCCCACCACAGGCAACAUGGUGACUCUGCACAUCAUAGCAGGCCUGUGGGGGCUCGGGACUGCCUUCAACAAGUCAGGGCUCAGCGCGUUGCUGGGGAUACUGUACAGUGAUAAAGGGAGACAGGAUUUUAUAUUCGCGGUUUAUCACUGGUGUCAGUCGAUGGCCAUAUUUGGCUACUAUUUGUUGUCUAACCUUCAAAUGCAGGUGAAACUUUCUAUCCUUCUCAUCUGCCUGGUGAUUUCCCUGCUGUCCUUUGGAUGGAUGGAACGUAAAAUUAAACGACAAGUGCCGUACAGAAUUCCAAGGAUUCCCAAACCCAGACACAAGACCAAGGGAUAUCGCUAUCUGGAAGAGGAGAAUUCUGAUGAGGAAGAGGAUGGUGCGGAGGAAAAAGAGAUGGAACAAGAUGGCGGAGAGGAUGAGAGGGAGACACUGAGAAGGAGAGACUGAGUAGAAUGACUUUUUGUGCCUCUAACGUUAGAUUAAAAAUUCUUACAAUUAAUUCUGAGAUUCACUGUGUAAAGAACAAUCUCACCUCUAACCCUGCGUCUCUCACCCUGCUUCACAGGAUCUCACGCAAAGUGUAGUGACUGUGUGUUUAACAGUGCAGAACAGCAAACAGCCGGGAAGCGAACAGUUUUAUCUCGGCCAGGACACUGAGAGAGAGAGAGAGAGAGAGACUCCCUUCUUGAAUUUAAGUGGCUUUAAUAGGAAAUUCAACAGGACUUGGUUAGAUGUACGACUUAUACAAAUCAGACCUAUGUGAGUUUUAUUGUAUUGUAACGGGUAACAAAUCUAAUCUCACACCAUCUAUCUACAGUUUAUAACCUCAAUGUUCUGUUUGCUACAAUCUGCAUUGCUGAAUUUUACCCUCUACCCAAACCGUGAGCUCAUCACAUUAAUCCACUCGCAUCAACGCCCUUCCCUUCCCCUCUCAACCCUCCGCCUCUGUUACUAACAAUUUAUAAUCUCAACCUCCAGUGUGAAGCCACAGGUCGACCCACAUGUCAGACAUCCCUGGAUCAUCUCCACACAACGUUACCAAACUUCUGGAGCGUAGAAAGAUGCGAGAGAGAGAGAGAGAGAGAGACUGAAGGAGAAAGAUUUGAAGUGAGAGAGAGAGAGAGACUGAAGGAGAAAGAUUUGAAGUGAGAGAGAGAGAGAGACUGAAAGAGAAGAAAAACUUGAACAGAAUCAGCCCUCAAAUCGUCUAAAUUCUAUUUAAAUGGAGCACCACUGCCACCCAGUGGCCAUCCUGCAGUACUGCAAUUGGAUGCAACAUGAGGCAUUUGCACGAAUAUCGCCCUCCAGUGGUGGAAAUGGGUAAUUUAGGGGUUAAACAAUUUUUGCUGAUUUGCGUUAAAACUUUCUGUUUAACAUCUUUGGUGUAAAGGAGGUUUAAGCCUCGAUAUAGAUUCUUAAUUUGGAAUUGCCUAAAUAGGUUCAUAUUUAGUGUUGUAAAUUCACCGUAAGGUUUCAUUUUACAGUUUGGAUGGUCAACAACCACUUGUAUUUUAUACGGUGCCCUUCACAGGAAUUACGGGCCUUUUGUCUAAAUAUAACAUUAAGAAAUAUCAGGACUUUUAAGGUCUAUAAACUUGUUGGAAACUCGCGAAAGUUUGCCAAUUAGUUUAUAGAUUUUGGAUAAAGAUUCUCGUUGUAAAAUUUCCAUCAAUUUAAAUGGUUCAAUACAGUAUACAAGGCUGGACAUUGUUCUUUGCUGGUGCUCACUCCCCCACUGGAGCUCUCUAUGCUGACCCCACUCCCUGCUCUCCCCCCCCCACCCUCACCCUGAAAAUUAACCUGAACUUUAACAUUUUAUAUCAAGUGAAAUGUGACCGAACCGGUGUCAAGACAGAUGCUGAGGGAACGGAGGAUGAAUGUAUUUUGCAGUAACAUUGCAGGUGUGUGUAUGGGAGGGAGUCUGGCAAUGUGAUCAAUGGGAUUGUAGUAGAGUAAAUGAUAUGGUGGCUAGAGAUGA